AUGAUGUUGGAAGGCUACGCUUUAGAGGUGGCAUUGACGACCGUCAACUCAGCAGCCCAAGCGUGGUACGGAUACGACCAGGGAAUCAUUGCCGGCAUUUUGGUCAGCGAUCGCUUCGUGAAUCGGUUCCCCCAAAUCAAGAAACCUGUCCUAGAAGGCACAUUCACAAGCAUAUUUUCGCUAGGAAAUCUUCUGGGAUGCAUCGUUGCGGCACUUUUCAGCGACAGACUGGGACGCAAGAACACUCUUCGAGUCGGAGCCGCGAUUAGUGCCGUCGGCGCCAUCCUACAAUUCUCAUCGAACUCCUUCGCCCAGCUUAUGUUUGGAAGAACAGUCAACGGCAUUGGCAAUGGCAUGACAUCUUCGACCUGCGGUGUCUAUCAAGCUGAAAGCUGUCGUGGCUCUCGUCAAGGAAAACUCUCGGUCAUCGUCGUCACGCACAACGUUGUCUUCUACAUGCUAGGCAGCUGGCUCACUCUCGGAACAUCAUACUUACGCAAUGCCGGCCAAUGGAGGAUACCGUUCGCUCUCCAGCUAUUCCCGGCGAUUGUUCAUGUCUUGUUCCUGUUCCUGCUGCCUGAAAGUCCACGCUGGCUUUUACUACGCGAUCGACAUGAAGAGGCCAUUGAAUCCUUGCGCAGGUAUCUCGGGAAAGGACUAUCUGCUGACGACGACAUUGUCCAGGAUGAAUACAAGUCAAUCAGAGGUGCUUUGGAGAUUGAGCGAAGCUCGAAGAUCUCGUUCAAGGAAAUUAUACGGUUCAGAGAUCGCUCGAAUCAUCUCAUUCGAAUGCUUCUCGGCAUGGGAACUCAGUUCAUGCAACAAAUGGGCGGCAUCAACGCUUUGAACUACUACUUCUCGAUCAUUCUGGAGCAGAACCUCGGCAUGAGCGAGCUGAUGGCUCGCGUACUGACCGGUGUCAAUGCUACGACAUACUGCAUUUCCACGGCCCUGGCUUUCUGGAUGAUUGAGAGAGCAGGCAGACGCUUCUUGAUGCUCUGGGGCCUUGGCCUUCAUGGAUUCGCUUACAUCAUAGUAGCCAUAUCAGUUGGCCUUCUCGCAUCUGCGCCGCAACAGUGGGGCGCUGUGGCCAUCUCGUUCUUGUUUCUCUACUACGCGGCGUUCGGAUGCACCUGGGGAAUGGUUUCUUGGGUAUAUCAAGCAGAAGUCAAUUAUCUUGUUAUGAGAGUGAAAGGUGCAGCUGCUGCAACGUCGAUGAACUGGGUACCUUUUGGGUUCGUCUGCACACAGUUCACAUCGGUCGGAAUCCGGCAGCUUGGUUACAAAUUCUAUGUCAUGUUUGCCGUGUUCAACAUUGCAUUUCUUCCGGUGGUGUACUUCUUGUACCCCGAGACUGCGAACAGGACUCUUGAAGAUUUGGACGACUACUUCGACAAGGACUCCCCACACAAGAUACCGAUCCCAUUCAGUGAUAAGGUUGCGAAGCAGCAUCAACGGCCUGCCGAAGCUGUCGAAGCUGAACUGAGACGAAUCGCAUUGGCCACUGACUCCAAGCGUGUCGAUCGAAAAGACAGUGCUGAUGCUACCUUCAUCGAGGAGGUGGCUGUUGAGCCGGUCACGAAAUGA